CAUACCAGUACGCAUAAGGUAUAAGAGCAAAGAAACAAUGAUCUUCUGACGUUUUGACUCUCCUAACCAUUGAUCAUCCCAUCAAAAAGCGAACAGCAGUUCAUCCUUAUUCGACCUCACUCCACAUCAAACCGAUCAAACCACCUCACCCAUCCCAAAAUGAACAACCACAACAAUGACUCGGGCAUCACCGGCGCCGGCAAGGUCGUCACCUCGACCCUCGGCAACACGGUCGGCGGCUUGGCCAACACGGUCGGCGGUGUCCUGGGCGCUGCCUCGCGCGGCAUCGGCGAGACCGUGACGGGCGCCACGGGCGGCAUUGGCAAGCCCCUGGGUGAUGGCGUCGCAAACAUUGGAACCGGCCUCGAGAAGGGCGUCGGCUCGGCCGCGCAGGGCGUCAAGGAUGCUGGCGAGUGGAAGACGGGUCCGAAGAAAUUUUAGGUCUACGGCUGUGGGCGUGUGGACCGCGGGGAAAAUGUGAGGAGGAUACAAGUCAUGAUGGGAUACAGCCGAUGGUACAUGAUGCCGGUUGGAUAUUGGAUUCCGUGUUUCGAUUACAUGCAUGGCGCUUGCUGAAGUGUUGGAACGCGACUAAGGGAUGAUGUUUUAUCUGUACAUUAACUACAUGGUUUGCAUCCCUUUGUAAGAUUCACAUAAGAGCGAGAGAUUGAGCACACCACAAUCGAGGAAUGGUCCAUAGCGUGGUUGGAACCAGAAGUAGUUGCCUGGGAAAGAUCAUCUCGGGUGUCCUCUCGGCAACCCAGG